UGAGAGUGAAGGGGGAGAAGGGGAGGAGGAAGGUUUCCUUUAUUUAGAGCUGCCUCUUUUCUGUCAGGGGAAAAGAGCGGGGGAUGAAGAUUGGCGGCGGCGGCUCCUGUCCCUUGAUGCGGGAAGCGGUGGCGAAAGGAGCAGCCGGGUUCAAGGCCGGCCGGGUGUGAGAAAAAAGGCAAGAGAGUCGGAGAUGUUUGGAGACAGCUACCUGAGGAGGUCUACAGAAACCUGAUAACCUGCAACACACAGAAGAAUGUGGUGAACAACAAAGAACAUGUUAUAGGUUCGCAGAAUGGGUACAUAUGCAUAAUGACGUUCCAGAAGCAUGUGGACGUUUUCAUCUACCGUGGACUGAUAGUGGAGACGAUUCCCUGAAAAAUUAGUUGUUACCCCACAGAGCAAGCAUGGCGUUUGCCCAGUCGCACAUCAUGAUGGCUCGAAGGCAUCAGCACAGUAGACUCAUAAUCGAAGUGGAUGAGUACAGCACAAAUCCAACACAGGCGUUCACGUUCUACAACAUUAAUCAGGGACGUUUCCAGCCCCCACAUGUGCAAAUAGUGGAUCCAGUACCACACGAUGCUCCCAAGCCUCCAGGAUACACACGAUUUGUCUGUAUAUCUGAUACACAUUCUAGAACAGAUCCAAUCCAAAUGCCAUAUGGAGAUGUCUUAAUACAUGCUGGUGAUUUCACUGAACUGGGACUUCCUAGUGAAGUUAAAAAAUUCAAUGAGUGGUUAGGCAGCCUACCAUAUGAAUACAAGAUUGUGAUAGCAGGCAAUCAUGAAUUGACAUUUGACCAAGAGUUCAUGGCAGACUUAAUCAAGCAGGACUUUUACUAUUUCCCCUCUGUGUCCAAGCUGAAGCCAGAGAACUAUGAAAAUGUACAGGCCCUCUUAACAAAUUGCAUUUACCUGCAAGAUUCAGAGGUGACAGUGAGAGGCUUCAGGAUAUAUGGCUCCCCUUGGCAACCUUGGUUUUAUGGCUGGGGUUUCAAUCUUCCACGAGGUCAAGCACUCUUAGAGAAAUGGAAUCUCAUUCCAGAUGGAAUCGAUAUUCUUAUAACUCAUGGACCACCUCUUGGUUUCCUAGAUUGGGUUCCCAAGAAAAUGCAAAGAGUGGGGUGCGUUGAGCUGCUGAAUACAGUCCAGAGGCGAAUACAACCCCGUCUUCAUGUUUUUGGACACAUCCACGAAGGAUACGGAGUUAUGGCCGAUGGAACUACAACGUAUGUUAACGCAUCUGUGUGCACAGUGAAUUAUCAGCCACUCAAUCCUCCUAUAGUUAUUGAUUUGCCUACUCCAAGGAACACUUGAUUGUUUCAUGACAUAGAUCUUGAGUCUGCAGCACAUUUGUAGCUUUGUGCCACUAGCAAAGCAUAUGAGAAAUUACACAAAUACCUUUUUAUGGACAAUCUGGAGAAGUGCGAAUGGAUGGAGGGCAAAAGCAAUUUGGGAUGAUGGUCUUCUAGAAGUGCUUUAAAGAAUCCAGCAUUUUACAUUUUAAAAGAACUUUUUUAGUACAAUCUUCAUUAUACAGAGAGACAUCAGUACUUUUUGUAUGUAUUAUAUAUCAAAUUAAGCUUACUAAAAGGAAAUUGAUUCCUCAACGAAAGGAUUUGUUAUGAAUGUUUACAGUUUUAAUGUGUUAAAUACAGACAUUUAUUUCUUCAAAUCUGUCUUGAAUGAACAUGCUGGGGGGGCAGGGGGUUAUUGUAUUACAUUUUUUAAAAUGAUCACAGCAGGUAUAACAUGGUAUACUCUUGUGUUUAAAAGGUUAUUUUGCAUUCUUUCCAAAUGUACAAUCUUCCAGUCUCUUAAAAUUAGGGCAUUUAAAACUUUUGUCUUGUUUUAUCUGGCACAAAAUCUAAAGUGGUAUGAGCAGAUUGUUCAAGUGUUGUAAAUAUCAGAAAAUUCAAAAAGGGAGAGAGGUGGCUCAAAAUUAGAGGUAAACUCAGGACUUCAAAAUUUGCUCCUUUCUCCACAAAACAAAACAAACCAAGCAAAGUAAUUUUAUUGCUGUAAAUCCACUUUCAGUUUGAGGAUAAUCUUUGUAUCAAUGUUCAGAAGCUCCAGUAAAAUAGGUCUCAGUCGCCCACGAUAAUGCUCCAUUUUGAUUGUUUGUGGACAGGAACACUAGAAUCAAGUGAAAUCCGCAACUGCUCUGAUCUAAUUGAAAGGUACUGGAGUAUGAUGUUGGCACUACUCUUGAUAGAAAAAAAAUCCACUUUCUAGCCCAUCAGAUACAGCACUUUGUCAAAUCAUGCAUUGAUAUUCACUUUAAAGUGCCAACAGAGUAUGAAAGAACUCUAAGCAGCUGUUCUGUUCAAUAAAGGAUACUGUCUGAAGAAUAUAUUAGACUAGCAAGAUCUCUUUUUGAGUAAAACAGUCUUUGCACAUAAAAGGAAGAGCUCCCAGGCCAAGUCAGAAUUUACCAGAGCAAAUUUUAUGCACGCAUCCACAAUGUGCAAAUACAUAUUUCCAAAGUGAGGAGCAGUCCACAAGAGCACUCUGUUGGAAACAUAAAUAUGCAUUUUGACAAUAGUAUCUGCCUGUUUUUAUUGUGUUUUUGCACACAUAACUUCAGAAGUAUGGGGCUCAGAGUAAAAUCUAAGAGGUGUAAAGAAUUAUAGACUUGUUCCAUGUUGUUAAACUGGUAAUCUCAGGAUAAACACACACAAUUCAAUAAUUUGUUGCCAGCCCUGAAACAAGGAACAUAAAACCAGCCUUAUCGUUUUUAUGACAACUCUAUAUCAUUCGUGGUCCACAUAUGUCUUUGCACAAUCAGGUAUGUAUAUUUAUGACUGUAUACAGAAGGGUUAGUGUGAAACAGGCUGUCUGUGCUGGAAGGUGGCAUGAACCGCUAAUCACAGCUGCAGGGGAAAGUGUAAAUACUCAACUAGAGGCAGCUGCCACCUUCCCUCACAUACCCCCUGGCAUUUCUGCAGGUGGUCAGGCAAUCAGGUGGAGAAAUUUGACAUUGUGAACUGUCUUAUUGUGGCUAAUUUUAAAAGGCAGGUGAGAUUAGGUUUUGUAGUGAACUCCCCCCCCCCACCCCAAAAUUGCUACUUCAAAUGGCUAAACGUUGUUAGCAUAGCACUUAAGAAACAUUUUUUAAAAGGAGACAGCAUUUUCUGUCACAAGAGGCCUUUUUCUUUGCCUCAGAAUUUUCUGUCACAAGAGGCCUUUUUCUUUGCCUCAGAAUUUUCUGUCACAAGAGGCCUUUUUCUUUGCCUCAACAAAUUUUCUCUGCUGUUCAGGAAGUAUUCUCUAAAUAUUUUUCCCCCUGAGGUACCUUCUUCAAGAUACAGUGCUUUUAUCUGACAAUGGUAUGAAAGCAGUUGUUACCUUUAAAAGGGUAACAACAAUUAAGAAGCAGCUGAGGUUAUGAAAGUUGAAUAAUUUUGGCACUAAUGGAUGUUGUAAUUCUGUCAAGCAUGUUAGACAAAUAAAAAUAUUUUAAAAUCUU